AUGGACUGGACCAAGUCAUUCACCAUCAGCAGUGCCAAGCCUGGGCGACCGGUGCGAUUGUCGGGAGUGGAGAAAACGGCUUUACAGGCGGCGUUCGACGAACAUGCAGAAGACGGAGUCAUAUCGGCGUUUGAUGUGCCACUCGUGAUAAUGGACCUGGGUUGGUCUGUGGAGGAGUUUUCGGGCACGGACAACCUUGACGAAUGCGUGAAUAUACUCAAACCGCAUUUUCUCAACGAUGUGAUCACCUUCGACGACUUCAGUGACGGCUUUUCACGCAUGAUCACGCGCCAGGUGCUGGAUCCGGGGUUUGUGUCUGAAGGAGAGGGCUCAGGGGACGACCAGGGAGGGUUUCUCGCGGAGGAAAUCGCUGACAUUGAAGACGACGCAUCGAGUGAAGGCGGCGGAGGUUUUGUGGCCAGUGACGAAGACGAGGGAGGUGGGUUUGUGGCCAGUGAAGAAGAGGGCGAUGAAGGAGGAGGGUUCUUUGUUGCCAGUGAUGGAGGGACAGGUGGAAUAAUUGAGCCGAUUGAAGAGAAACCGAAAAAGAAGAAGAGGAAGAAGAACAAUGUUUUUGUAGAAGAUGUGCCUCUGGCGUUCUCAUGGUUCACAAAGUCAGACACGAUUAACACUGCUGAUCUACGACGAAUAGCCAAGUUGGUGAAAGAUAACGCCAGUGAGAAGGAUUUCAAAGACAUGAUGGAGGUGGCUGGAGCUGUCGGCGGCAAGAUUGAUAUUCAAGCAUUUGAGGGGUUACUGAAGAAGCUCUAA